AUGCAAUGUAUCACAACAACUUCAUACUCAAUCCUUAUCAAUAAUGAGCCAAGUGAUUUUUUUAAGCCUAAAUGUGGAUUGCGUCAAGGUGACCCGAUCUCUCCAUAUAUUUUUAUACUUGUCAUGGAGGUGUUGUCAAGAAUGAUGCUAAAGCUCGAAGCGACUGGGCAGAUUAAAGGUAUUAAAUUUUCCAGAAACUCUCCUUCUAUUCCACACCUGUUCUUUGCAGAUGAUUCCUUGUUCUGUUUCAAAGCCAAUCAGAAAUCAUGCAAGAAGAUUAGAGAUACAAUUGAUCUAUUCUGUAAAAUAUCUGGUGAAGCAAUAAACUUUGAUAAAUCCAGUGUCAUUUUCAGCCCUAACACCCCAAGCCCAGUUAAGAAUGAUCUAAAACAAGUUUUGGGUACUCCUUGCACUGAAAAGCUUGGUAGAUAUCUUGGAUGUGAUGUGGAAAUUGAUGGAAGAUCAGUCAAGUCUUUCCAGCCUUUGGUUGAUAAAAUUCAAAAAAAGGUUCUCUCAUGGAAGCAUUUGAGGUUAUCUCAAGCAGGAAGAUUAAUAUUCAUUAAUUUCAUUCUUGCGGCUCUUUGCUCAAGUGUGCUAGCUGUAUUUCGUGUGCCAAAGAAAAUUGCAGACCAAAUAAAUUCGAAAUUCAUGAGGUUCUGGUGGAAAGGUAGCUCUGAUGAUAAAGGUAUAUGCUGGGUAAAGAGAGAUAAUUUAGAAAUCCCUAAGGGAAUGGGGGGAGUGGGUUUGCGCAAUAUUGAUAAGUAUAACAAGGCUUUGUUGGUCAAACAAGCCAUAAGAAUUCACAAUAACCUGUCAUUGCUGAUCGCUCAAGUCUUUAGUGCUGUUUAUAAGAAAUCUCCUGUUGAAGCUGGGUUGACUGCAGAUAUACAUCACAAAGCAUCUUGGGGCUAUAGGGGACUGUAUGGGAAAAAUUGGAAUGCAAGUUUAGUUUGGAAAAACUUCUCCUGUGAGACAGCAGAAGAAAUAUUGGCAUUACACAUUCCACAAGAGGAUAGGGAUGAUCAAUUCCAUUGGAUGAAUAGCAAUAAGGAGAGUUCCAUAGUGAAAUCUGUAUACAACUUUCUUCUUCUGGGAAACUCAGGCCAGAAUUUCAGUGAAAGGGAGAGGUUUUGGGGAAUGUUGUGGAAGAGUGAUUUAUUGCCAAAAUGGAAAGUUUUCAUUUGGAAAAUUAUGCAUAGGGCUAUUGCUGUAAAAGCUAGAUUGAGGAGGAGAGGUAUGGACGUUGAUGGGAUGUGUUGCUUAUGUAAGAGCCAAGAGGAGAAUGAAGACCAUCUAUUCAGAGACUGUCCAGUUGCAAAUCACGUUUGGAAGUCUUCUCCACUUGGUAUUAUGGUUCAAAAUAACCAACAUGUUGAAGUUCAAAACUGGGUAAGGAAUUUUCUCACUUAUUUUUGGAAAGAGGACGGGCAUGAUAGCAUGAGAAGCAAGGCAUUCACUGCUGUUCUGUGGGCAAUAUGGUUACAGCGCAAUGAGGUAACAUUCAGAAAGGCGGAGGUUAAUCCGAUGAGAAUUAUACAUUCUAUUAGGAAACAUAUAAACCAAGCCAUGGAAGCUGAGAGAAUGGUGCAAAUUAUGAAAAGGGACAAUGUGAUAAGAUGUGGAGAUCAAAGACAAAGUAAAAGUCACACUAUCUUUAAAGAUAAUUUUGGUAUUGCCCCUUGUGAUCUUAUUGUUGCAGGUUAUUGGAAAAGGGUCAAGAAGAAAAAAUAUGCUAUUGCAUUAGCAAGCUGGAUAAUUUUGAGAAACAAUGAAGAAGUUGCUAAAAAUGUGCAAAGAGUGGAAGCCAUUGAUGCCUGCCAAGCGGAAUUGAAAGCUGUCCUUCUUGCUGUUCAACAUGCCUAUUUAACGCAUAUAAGAAGUGCUAGAGUCUGCACAAGUAGAGCUGGAGUGGUGAGUAACAUUAUAAAUUUUCCUGCUUGCAGGUUUGACUUGGUCACUUUGAUUGGGGAUAUUAUGAGCAUCUCUGGAAAACUUGAUGGGUGCUCAAUAGAGGAAUGCAGCAAGGACCAAACUUUGAAGGCAAGAGAGUUGGCAGCUGAGUUUAGGGAAAAGUGUUUUUAG